AUGUCGCUGAAGCCGUGCAACGUUGGCCUGGAACUCUGUGCCAGGCGGUUUCGGCGCCUAUUUCCCUUCGGUGUGGGAGCAUUCUUGGCCCUCGCGCCCGACGACAGGCAUCAACUUCUCGAGCGCCUUCCUUCCGGCAAGGAGCAGCUAGCAGCUGCUGCAGCCGCUGAGCGAUGUGGCGUUCCGAUCAGCCUCUGCGACCGGGACUCAAAGACGACCGAGCGACGCUUCCUUACAGCGCUGGGUGCUGAAACCCUGGCAGCAGGGUCGAUGGCAGCAUUUGGUCGCGCAUGUGCACCGGACGUGCAGGAGGAACUCGAAACGGCUGUUGCCACCUGCAUUGUCAGGGAGAGGGACUUCGUCUUAGCGCAGAAGCUCGUCUCUCUACCCGGUCUCGUGGUGGGCGUUGUUGGGCAGAGGCAUGUUCCGGGCAUCAUCGCCCAGCUGCAACGCCCCUUCCGAGAAGAGGAUGCCAAGAAGGUCGAGACUCUCUGUGCUGCAGUGCACCUGCCGCUCUGGCGAUCGCUCCUGGGGCGGCCUUUGCUGUGGCAUCUGAGAGGGACUGUGCAAAAUCACAGGAUCGCCUCAG